AUUUUCAUCUUGACCUUUUAGCUAAGUGCUCGCAUUGUAUUUGACCAUUUUGGAUAUACGCAGCAACAACAUUUUAAUGGAGGAAAGUAUUGGAAUCUACAAACCCCUUGGGGUUUUGUUUGACACACCUGAGUACAACACAGCUUUGAAGACCUGCUGGCAUCUUCAAAGCUACAAGACUCAGAUUGCAAUGAUGAUGGCAUUCCUUGGACUUGAGCAGGAAAAUCAGAUACCACCUCAUAUAACUGCUGAAGAUAUGAUCAACCUUUUAAUGGAGGAGAACAAAAAAACACUCAGAGAGCGACUUUGGGAGUUUGACAUUGAGAAAUUUGAAGAAAAUGAAACUAAAGGUCUUCUGAAACUGGUGUGGGCAGUUAACAUUACUAAUAAAAUGAAGGACAUUGAGCUACAGGCUCGGCUGCUCCUCAAAUAUCCAGAGGCCAUACCUCCCAAAUUUCAAACGCCUAAACUCCUCAGCAUGUUCAGCAAAUACCUCGAGAUCCUUAAAGAGAAGCAGCAGGAAACACAGACCUCCAGACUGCUAAGCCCCCAAGAAGUAGGGAUAGAGGUAGUUCCCAGAGUCCUGCAAGGCUUCUGGGAGCAUCCUCCUUACCCCCUUUUGAACCUGGCAUCUCAGAGUCUGAGCAAGCUCUCCACCUGUGUUACAAAAGCCACUCUGGAUCAAGUCUCCAACACUCCCAGAGCAAUGGAAAGCAAGGCCAUCUUCUCCCGCUCUAUGCGAGAUGACAUGGUCCAAACCAUCUUGGCAGAAAUUAGAGAGAAACAUCCAGACGACACUGUGCUCAACAACACUGCAAACCACACUACCCUGCUCACUACAAUCGCUGAUGUAGCAACAAACCACAUUUGUAAGAUCUUGCAGCCCCAGAUCCCCAACGAGCCAGUUCAUCACAACCAUGCUGCUCAAUGCCCAACAAGAGAUCAGUACUUAAACAUUACUGGAACUGAGGAAGAAUCAACAAGUCCAGAAAAUAAGGAUGAUAUGGUAACACCAGGUUCUCUAUCAGCCUCUGCUGAAUCUUCAUUUUUGUCUGAGGUUACAGCCAGUGAGGAACACCCUUUAGAAACAUCAUCCAUGUGUGAACCACCUAUACCAGUUACCAAUACUACAGAGAGCUGUGAAGACCUUAAAACCAAGAAGAAAGAAAAAGGUUUCUUCCAAAAACUCUUCAGAGCUCUGUGCUGUUUCUGUUUCUGCGUCAGUCCCACAGGAACUGACUGAUUGUCUUUAAGACUCCUAUCGACCCUUCUCUUUAUUUUUUCUCUCUAUCAAAAAUCAAACAAGAACAAAGAGUUUUCAAUAAAGAUUCACGUUUCUUCA